AUGGAGAACUUCAGGAAGGUGAGGACCUCCGAGGAGGAGAGCCCCUUGCCCUUCUCCGGCUUGCCCCCCGACGUGGUGGAGAUGAAGGUGAAGGAAGGGAGCAAGAUCCGGAACCUCAUGGGCUUCGCCGCCGCCCGCAUGGGGCUGGAGGCCACCCGCCAGAUCGUCUUCAGCGGCUGCGGCCGGGCGGUCACCAAGACCGUCACCUGCGUGGAGAUCCUGAAGAGGAAGGUGGGCGGGCUCCACCAGGUCACCAAGGUGAGGUACAGGACCGUCCGGGAGGUCUGGGAGAGCCGGGACCCCCAGGCCCCUCACCUCACCGUCCACAAGAACGUGCCCUCCAUCUGCAUCCUCCUCUCCAAGGACCCGCUGGACCCCCACCAGAUGGGCUACCAGCCCCCUGGCCCUCCGGGGGGCCUGUGGGUGGAGGAGGGGGACGUGCAGGAGGAGAGGUCCAGAUUUCCCCCCAGUGGGGUCAAGAGAAAGUUGGCAUCGCCCCCGCCCGGAGAGGGCGAGGAGCAGAAGGCCAAGAAGCCGCCGUCACAGGUACAGGACCCUCAGGAGGACUUGGGGACUGUGGCGGGUUGUUGA